AUGGCACAUGCACUGCUUGCCCAACCAGGACCCGAUUGCUUCUUCCGAUUCACUCAGGAGUCCCUUGCAGCAAUUGAGCAAAGGAUCUCUGAGGAAAAAGCCAAACAAAAAGUAGAUCAAGAGCAAAAGGAGGAAGACCACGAUGAAAGCAAGCCAAAGCCAAAUACUGAUUUGGAAGCAGGGAAGCCAUUGCCUUUUAUUUAUGGAGACAUUCCUCCUCACUUUGUGUCUCAGCCCUUGGAAGACCUGGACCCUUAUUAUGCAAAUAAAAAAACAUUUAUAGUAUUGAAUAAAGGGAAGACUAUCUUCAGAUUCAGUGCCACACCUGCCUUAUACAUGCUGAGUCCUUUCAGUACUCUUAGAAGAAUUUCUAUAAAAAUUUUAGUUCAUUCAUUAUUCAGCAUCUUUAUUAUGUUUACUAUUCUCACAAACUGUGUAUUCAUGACUUUGAAAGAACCUCCUGACUGGUCAAAGAUGGUAGAAUACACAUUCACUGGAAUAUACACAUUUGAAUCCCUCAUAAAAAUUUUUGCAAGAGGUUUCUGUAUAGAUAAGUUUACUUUCCUUCGAGAUCCUUGGAAUUGGCUUGAUUUUCUCGUCAUUUCAUUUGCGUAA